GAGUGUGUGUGGACGUCGUGGGCUUCUCUCCUUCAAACCGCACAGCAUCAUCAUCAUCACUCGCUUCACAGCAACAGCCUCGUACGCAUCCACAUCCUCCUCCUCCUCCUUCUCCUCCUCCUCCUCCACAUCCUCAUCAGCACCAUCUCCGCGGCUGAAGAGGGACAGCUCGCAUCGCCGGAUUUGAGACAUAAUCAGAGCCUGUUGAGACCUGGGAGUCAACGCUUCAGAUCUGUGAGGUAUAUCCUGAACAAGCCCCAGCACAUUCAGGGGGGCCACUCAGCUAAAGCUUUGACCUCUUUUGCGUCUUCUGCACCUCUUUAAAAUGGAGGACGGGUACCAAAACCGGACUACCUUCAUAAAAGGAGCCAAAGACAUUGCCAAAGAAGUCAAGCGGCAAGCCUCCAAGAAGGUGGGCCGCUCCGUGGAUAAGGUGACCGAUGAGUACAGCAAGCGCUCCUACAGCCGCUUUGAAGAGGAUGACGAUGAUGACUACCCAAUGCAGGGAAGCCAGGAUGGAGGCUACUACCGUGGAGACAGCCAGGCGGCCAACGACGACGACGGCGGCCACAGCGACUCCACAGAGGGCCACGACGAGGAUGAUGAGAUCUACGAGGGCGAGUACCAAGGAAUCCCCAGGGCUGAUUCGGGCAAAGGUAGUCUGGCCGGAGGUCCGGGAUCGGUGAGAGCCGGAGACCAACAGUUCAGAGACGCCGCGGCGUCCGAGGCUGCAAGGAGGAAGGACCAGGAGGAGCUGGCUCAACAGUACGAGACCAUUUUACAAGAAUGUGGUCACGGGAAGUUCCAGUGGAGCCUCUACUUUGUGCUGGGACUGGCGCUCAUGGCUGACGGCGUGGAGAUCUUCGUGGUCGGUUUUGUCCUCCCCAGCGCUGAGAAGGAUAUGUGUCUGUCUGAACCCAGCAAAAGCAUGCUAGGUCUGAUUGUGUAUUUCGGGAUGAUGGUCGGGGCUUUCCUCUGGGGGGCUCUGGCCGACCGGAUAGGCCGCCGGCAGUCUCUCCUCAUCUGUCUGUCCAUCAACAGUAUCUUCUCCUUCUUCUCCUCCUUCGUCCAGGGUUACAGCACCUUUCUCUUUUGCCGCCUCCUCUCCGGUGUUGGAAUCGGUGGUUCAAUUCCCAUCGUGUUCUCCUACUACUCUGAAUUCCUGUCCCAAGAGAAGCGCGGCGAGCACCUCAGCUGGCUCUGCAUGUUCUGGAUGAUCGGAGGAAUAUACGCAUCCGCUAUGGCCUGGGCCAUAAUCCCACAUUAUGGAUGGAGUUUCCAGAUGGGAUCGGCGUAUCAGUUCCAUAGCUGGCGCGUGUUCGUGUUAGUGUGCGCAUUUCCCUCUGUGGCUGCCAUUGCCGCCCUCAGCGCCAUGCCAGAGAGCCCACGCUUCUACUUAGAGAAUGGAAAACAUGACGAAGGCUGGAUGAUUCUGAAGCAAGUUCACGACACAAACAUGAGAGCGAAGGGAUACCCAGAGAGGGUGUUUUCCGUCACCACAAUCAAGACUGUGAAGCAGAUGGAUGAGUUGGUGGACACUGGCACCGACACUCCGGUCUGGCGACGCUACAGGCUGAAGAUCAUGAGCCUCUCCCAACAGAUGAAGAACAACAUUCUUGCCUGCUUCAGCCCCGAAUAUAAACGGACAACCUUCAUGCUCAUGGCCGUCUGGUUCACCAUGUCUUUCAGCUAUUACGGCCUGACGGUGUGGUUCCCAGACAUGAUCAAGUACAUCCAGAAGCAGGAAUACGAUUCGCGCACUAAGACCUUCUCGAAGGAGCGAGUGGAGCACGUCACUUUUAACUUCACCCUGGAAAACCAAGUGCACCGCCAAGGAUACUACUUCAAUGACAAGUUCCUCAACCUGAAGAUGAAGUCCAUGGUGUUUGAGGACUCUGUCUUCGAGGAGUGCUACUUCGAGGACAUCACCUCCACACACACCUUCUUUAGAAACUGCACCUUUAUUGCCAGUUUGUUCUACAACACAGAUUUGUUCAAAUACAGGUUUGUCAACUGUAAACUGCUCAACAGCACGUUCCUCCACAACAAGGAGGGCUGCAUGCUCGACUUCAGCGACGACUUCAACAAUGCCUACAUGAUAUACUUUGUCAACUUUCUCGGCACGCUCGCAGUGUUGCCUGGCAACAUUGUGUCAGCUCUAUUAAUGGACAAAAUCGGGCGUCUAAGGAUGCUGGCGGGAUCCAGCGUCAUAUCUUGUGUCAGCUGUUUCUUCCUGAUGUUCGGCAACAGCGAGUCGGGGAUGAUCGCCCUGUUGUGUCUGUUCGGUGGCAUCAGCAUCGCCUCGUGGAACGCCCUGGAUGUGAUAACAGUGGAACUCUACCCCUCGGAUAAAAGAACCACAGCGUUCGGCUUCUUGAACGCCCUCUGUAAACUGGCAGCCGUGCUGGGCAUCAGCAUCUUCCAGUCAUUUGUUGGCAUCACCAAGGCCGUCCCCAUCUUAUUUGCUGCUGGUGCACUCGCCGCCGGCAGUUUUCUCGCAACAAAGUUGCCUGAAACGAGAGGCCAGGUGUUGCAGUAAAGCCGUUGACCAGCAGUGGGCAGCAGAGUACAGCUGAAGCGUGUGUUUGACAACGAGAGAGCCAGAACAUCCCCGAGAGCUUCAGCGCUGCCCGUCACACAACAACAGAACAGAGUGCCAUCCCCAUUGUAAGCCCAGAAUCCUUUGAAAUGUGGAUUGCACCAUUCACAGUCCAUACAGAUAACACAGUGAUUAAAAGAGAAGAGCACACAGAUGUAGAAAAAGAUACCUGCACCAUGAUACCACCCGAUACAUCACUUUAUUUCAGUUGCUCUGUCAGGUUAAAAAAAAAAAAACUGGAUGACGUGGUGUUAAGGGAAACAUUAGGAUAAAACAUGCACAGAUUUACAGUGACAAGACAGAACGGUCAAGUGAAGAGAUGAGACUGAAAAAAAAAAGAGCCAUUUCUGGGGGGGAUGAAGAAGGGUUAGUCCGUGUAUGUGGUCAGUUUUCAAAUAUGAUUGCAGUGUUUUUCUUUCCGUCCUCGACUUCAGUGACGACUGGCUUACAGUGCCGCUGUUUCACUUGCUGUGACGUUGCUGGUGCAGUUCAGUCCACAUUCAGACCAUUGACUCAUUGACGUGUUUUCGUGAAAGGUUUCUCUUACCUUAAACUCAUUUUCAGGGUGAAUAUAUUUUCCUAUUGAAACGCCCGUGACCCUUGACCACUGCCAACGACUGAAGCCAGACCCGCUGAGCGCUGUUAUUCUCUACCAAAUACUGUUAAAACAUUCCAGUUAUUGUCAGGAUUUAUUUAGAAACAAAGCCAUUUUUGUCAUUUUUUUUGUCCCUGAAUAAUUCCUGUUCUUACUUACGGCCUCGAGAUGCAGACAGGUGACGAUUCAUUUCACAGGAUUCUCUGUUGUAAAUGGGAACAGCUUGGUCCAGUUCCUCAGUGUUCAGUGUUAAACUAAUGUGUCCCCAUCCCCGUUGUGUCACGAUGUUCACCCACGAGCGCAACACAUGAACGACUGUAGGACGGAUUUUGGUCAAGUGGUAAAUGUGAGAGCGGAUAUUUGCAAAUGAAAUUAGUCGUGCGAGCGUGCGAUUGCAUGUGUGUGUGUGUGUGAGAGGAUGCAAGGAUUGUCUGAACUGGUCAUUUGAACUCCUUCAUUUCACGCAAAUCGACAUGCGGAUCACAUUUUUAAUCAGUUAUCCAGCUAAUUUAAAAAAAAAAAAAGGUUAAUUAAACUAAACUGGUGCACUGGCACUGGUGUGGCAGAAAAGUCUCGCUCCAUCACUUAUGCAUAGUUGCAUAAAUUAGCCUUUCUAAGAAAACUGUGUGAAAGUUCAUUCUGAGAGUCACUUACAAGCUUUUCCCAGAGCUUUCAACUGUGCCUGUCAGAUACAGUAUCCUCAUGUGUCAGGAUGAAUGAAAGCUCCUUGAGAAAUCCCGUUAAGUGGACCUUGAGUUAAGGUUGUUUUUGCUUGAAUUCGAAGCAUGCUUUCUUAAAAAAUGCCCCCCUAACAAGUCACAACGACAGUCCAUUAUAUCAUAAGCACAAAUAAAAUGGGACCAAAAGAGAGAGAAGAAGAAGAAGAAGCAGAAAAGGAAGUCUGAUUGAUCAGGCGGUGCAGAAAAUAAAGGGAAAUUUUAUUACGAUGUUAUUUCAAGGGCUGAAUCGUUCAUCCAUUCCUGCCAGAGAAGGUGAAAGUCUUUUAAGCGUGCACAAGUUAAAUACAUGCAGUAACUCUGAUAUGAAUUGGAUAGAGCCUAAAAGGAAUCCUUAUUUAUACAUAUCACUGUACUUCAGAUCAUUCUCCAAAGGUGUACAUCUAUACGUGUGCUGACAAUCAGUGAGUGGGAGGAUGGUGCGAUGUUUUGACCUAAAAAAACGUCCUCUGGAUUGCGUGUGUGUCUUUUAGAGCAGUUAUCUCCCCAAGGAAUUUCAAAAAAAAAAAAAAAAAGCUCAGCAUAAAGACUAGACAUGGGGAAAUGGCAUGUCUUCCUCUACCUUUAUGCUAGGCUAAGCUAACUGUUGACUGUAGUUCCAUAUUCAGCAGAGGUUGGCAUCAGUCUCCUCAUUCACAGUGUCGAACUGUAUCUUCAGAGAUGUCGAAAUCCUGAUUCUGAGGAACAGAUCUCUUCUUUGUGCGGAAAGAGUGUGUGGAUGCACGUCGGCCUGCUUGUGUGUGCGCGCAUGUGUGUGUAAGUUGACUAAAUCGUCUAUCACAUAUUUUUCUACUCUUUUCUGUUGCAAAGUUUUCAUCCCCGCGAGGAACUCAGCUCAGUCGGGGAUCACGGAAUAUAUUUGCGCAAAACAAAACAGCACGAAGAAAAAGAUAAAAAACAUCCAACAGUAUAUGCAGUACAGAAAUUAACGCGUUGAUCUUCGCAGCAGACCCGGGAGAUAACGUGACACCAGCUCUUAUGUUUAGAAAGAGAUCAUAAAUAUUCACAAAGAUCCGCGACCCCGCAAAACCUUCUGUACUCAACCGAUCGUGACGCAUGUUUGUAUCGUAUUGUCUGACUUCUUGGACGUCCUGUAUGCCAGCUGUUUUUGUCUAAAGCAAGAACUAGUGUUUUCAUUGUUGUAUGAUGACAUAGAUUUGUUGCUUGCAGUGAUUGUUCUUAAUCAAAGUGGUGGGGUUAAAAUUGGUGAAACUUGAGUAUGUGUCCUGAAAGUAAGUUAGUGGUGACUGUGCCCCCGUUUACCUUUUAGACCCAGGUAACUUUUCAUAUAUAUAUAUAUAUAUACAUAUAUAUAUAUGCCUGAAUUUAUGAGAAGGAUGCUUGUAAUCAUGCUUGUACCUCUUGUCACAGAGGUACAAGACAGCUACGGCCGGAUAAAGGGCAAUAAGUGAAGUGAAGGGAGCAGAGAAAUGUGCAUAAAUGGUGUACGUAUUUGAUUGGUUUACGUGAGUCCGUAUAAAAGCGGGGGGGAAGUGUGAGCAAUAAAGUGUAGGGCUUCCCCAAGUCUGAGGAAACAGGAAGUCAAACGGUUUGUCAACUCCUCAAAAGAGCGCCCACUGUCAAAUCAAAGCUCCAGCAAAAUGCGUAACUGUUAAAUGCUACUAUGUGUAGAUAUAUAAUAUGUAACUAUAAAGAAGGGUUGCUAGUUUGAAUCUAUAAUGUUGGCAGUGAUGUGGUCAGAAACACCAGCCCGAAAGACUUCCCCUACUCAAUGAUGGCGGUUUAUUUACUUAAACGUGUUGAGGACUUUCGGAUGGCACGACUUCUGUCUACUCGACACUUAAGAGCACACAGAUCAGUCCCGGAUGAUUCCUGGAAAAUAAAAAAAACACACGGAUCGACCCCCAUGCCAGAAUACAACUCCAUCAUCUGCAAAGAACUGCAAGAAUCCUUUGCCGUAGUUGGGACUGAAGGAGUCUCCGUUUGUGUUUUCUUUAGUUUGACCUGUUUAUUAACCGAUAAAAACUCUAAAUGUGAGUUCAAUUCAAAAUUCAAUGUACUGUGUGUAGAAACUGUAGAUGUUUGUACGUGCCAGUAAGGAGUCUGUGGAACAAAAAGAUCAUGGAAAACUUAAAAAAAAAAAAAAAAAAGUUCAAUAUGACACAAAAAAUCUAUUGUGUGUUGUCUUUGUGUUUUGUAAAUGAAGACUGAAAAUCUUGGUAAAUUCAGUAUUUAUUACUUCUGGAUAUUGAGAAUAUUUUAGUGAUGCUGAAAAGGUGCUGUAUUUAUUUUAUGUGAGAGUUGUUCUUUAUGCUGGAAUUCACACUUUUGUGCCAUUUAUCCAGUUCUCUAAAGAAAAUGAUAAAUCAUAAUGGAAAUAAAACGUAAAGAAAGAAAA